AUGAAAUUUAGUGUAUAUGGAAUAACAUAUGAAGAAGAUAUCAAUUUAAACUUUUUCAUGUAUUGAAAAUAUGCCGAAUAUUGAGGGCUCAGAUAGUUGGAAGUUCUGAUUGUGAACAUACAUACGAUUGCAGCUGAAUAUCGAUUACUGAAAUAUUUUGUAAAAAAAACUGAUUUCGAUAUUCCUUCGAAAACAAAACUCUCAAAAAAAUGGAAAGGUGGUCAGAAAAAAUAGCUGUUGUCACCGGAGCAAGCUCUGGAAUUGGUGCUUCUGUUGUUGAACAUCUCGUUGGAAAAGGGAUGAUGGUCUUUGGAUUUGCUCGCAGAUUGAGUUGUUUAGAUGACGUUGCUGAUAGGGUAAAAAAUAUGGAUGGUCUUUUCUAUGGUAAACGAGUAAACAUGGCAGAGACUGAGGAUAUAAAGAAUGCUUUCAAUGAGAUAGAACAACAAGUUGGUCCUGUGCAGGUACUUGUGAACUGUGCUGGAACAUUUGCUGAAACUUCUUUGUGUGAUGGUAAUGUUCAGAAGUGGAGGAACACUUUUGAAAUUAAUGUUAUAGGUCUUUGUACAGCGACAAGAGAAGCCGUUGCUCAAAUGAAGGGCCACAGCUUAGAUGGCCAUAUAAUUCAUAUGAAUUGUUACUCAGGUCAUACACCACUAGAUUUAGUUGGAGAAAAUGUGUACCCUGCAUCCAAGUAUGCAGUAACAGCCUUAACAAAUUCUUGGAGAUAUGAAUUGCAGGAGCUUGGCACUAAAAUAAAAGUAACGAGUAUAAGUCCUAGCUUUGUUAAAAAUACGAAGAUUGCUAAAGCAUCUGGUAUAAGGCCGAGUGUAGUAAACACCCUUACACCAAAAGAUGUGAGUGAAGCUGUCCUUUAUGUUUUGGGUACACCACCACAUGUUCAGGUUCAUGAAUUAAUAUUGAGAACUGUAGGCUGCAAUGAUGUGAAAUCUUAAUGUGCUAAAUAUUGUGUGCCUAUACUUCUAUUUAUCUACACCUAUCUAUAAUAUAUUUAAUUUAAUAUAUAAUAUUUUCAGAGGUUAAUUGUUGAUGUAAGAAUUAAAGUUUUGAAAUUUA